AUGUUGGAUGAAUUCCUUGCUCGUACCCGGGGCGCACUUCUCCACGUCAACACGGAGCAUCUGAACGGACACCCCAAGCUCAGGAAGCGCUCCAACGCGACGAUCAAGUACGAGUUAUUUGAGCGCCUCAGCUGUCCAGAAAUUCUCCGCCGCUCGGAUACUAUAUCCUACCCUUGGAGUCGAGUAGGGCCAGAGCAUGGAUUGGACGCCAACUACUGGUCUGUGCGGCUGUCACAGCAAGAGUUCCCACAACUCUCGUAUCUUCAAAUCCGCUUACCUCUCUACUCCCCACCUGUCGGCUUCUUUGCGGCCCAUGGCCUCCAGACCUUGAUCCUGCAUGGUGACUCUAGCACAACUAAGGGCGUCAUCGAUGUCGACAACCUUCUGGAUAUUAUGGCAGGUGCCCCUCGUCUCCUCAUACUCGAGUUGAGACAUGCUUUAUCCGGCGACAUCACACGCGGAGCGUCGAAAGGCCCGUCGGGCGUGCAGUGUCAAUUGAGAGUUCUGCGUUUGUCCACUCGGGACGAGACGUGCCUGCUCGCACUUGCACGGCAUAUCAGUGUCCAGAAGGGAGGGGAGGUUCAAAUCAUCAUUAACGACGUGCUUUCGAUUGCCGACACCUUCGACGUAUACACGACGCUGUCUCACAUCGAGCGCCGCGAGCAUAGCGAAGUCCGGAUCAGUACGCGCGGCAUCUCACUGGAUCGGCAAGCUGACAUUUACACUGUCUACAUAAAAUUCGAAGCCCACCCGCAGUCCUCACUCAAUAUCUCGAGGCCUCGCUCCUCUAGGUCUACGUGGACUUGGCAAGAGUGUGGCCGCCUCUUGUCCGAUGCGACAUGUUGCCUGACGCUGGGCGACUUUCCUUACGACCGCCCACUUUUCCACCGAACCAACCACGGUGAAUCGCCCCUCUACGAUCUCACAGAAUUCUUGAGACAAAUGUAUCACCUACGCAGCUUGAGCGUAUGCGCGAAGGACGUUAUCGCCGGAGCGCUGGACCUGUUACCGGGCGAGACGCCGAAGAAGAUCGUGGUUACGGCCGGACCAUCCGGCGUCUGCUUUGAGAAGAUGCGGACGUGGUUGAACCAGCAGCAGUCCGCGAGUGGGCCGGGUGCCGUUCGCCCCGUGGUGGUACUUUGCCACGCCGUUAUCCAAAGGCGCGAUCAGCGUGAACUCGGAGCGCUGACCCGCUACUGCUCCGAGAUUCAUGACCAAAGGGUUUUUCCAGUUGUGCAUGUUAUUCGCUAA